AUGCACUCCCAGAUCAGCCAGAUCACAUUGCAGUGCAACGAAGGCUCAGAGGUCAUGUUCUACCUUGUCCUGGCCUACAUGGGCUUUCUGGCCAUCAUCAGCUUCACUGUGGCUUUCUUUGCCCGAAAGUUGCCCGACACUUUCAAUGAAGCCAAGCUGAUCACCUUCAGCAUGCUCCUCUUCUGCACUCUAAGUUACGGCUCCUUUGACCCAGUGCUGAGUGAUAAGAUUAAGUUCCCUUUUUUCUAUCGGAUGUUUCCAAGCGAAAACGCUCAGUAUGUGGGGAUCGUUCAGCUGCUCAAGCACUUUGGAUGGACGUGGGUCGGCCUCCUCACCUCCGAUGAUGAGAGUGGAGAAACGUUUCUGCAGACCCUGAGACCCAGGCUCCUCCAGAACAACAUUUGUCUCGCUUUCACACAACUGAUGCCAAUUUUACUGGAAUAUGAACCAAGUAAAAGCAAAGCCAAUAUCUUUUUUUCUCUCUGGUUGAAUGAAGUAAAUGUCAUCCUUGUCCAUGGGGAUUUUCUGUCCAUGAAUCAUUUACGACUAAUUCUGCUAGAAUAUGACUUUGAUGACGAGCCUCCGAUGCAGAGGGUGUGGAUCAUAACUGCAAAGUGGGAUUUCACUGCGGUGGUUGCUUGGGACGGUUUCCCCACCCAAUCCCUCAAUGGCACCUUGUCCUUUGAAAUGCACACAAACGUGGUGCCAGGAUUCGAGGAGUACCUUGAGAACCUAGACCCUGUGGUGUUUCCUUUGAUCCUUGAUUUCUGGCUGAACUCUUUUCUGAGAAAGCUUCGCUUUAAUAAUAGUGCCGGGGAUGAAAUUUUCUUUGAUGAAAAUGGGGAAAUGACCACUGGAUAUGAUAUCAUUAAUACAAUCGCAUUCGCCAACGAAUCCUUUCAGAGAGUCCAAGUUGGAAAGAUAGACCAGCAAGCUCCUGUCGGCCAGGAGUUCACCAUUAACAGAAGCACCAUUGUGUGGAAUCCCAAGUUUAAACAGGUGGAGCCAACUUCAACUUGUGUCAAGAGCUGCCAACCUGGAUCCAGCAAGCUUACUUUGGAGGGGAGAGAAGCCUGUUGCUAUAGCUGUUCUCAGUGCCCUGAAGGGAGGAUUUCAGUGCAAAUUGACGCUGACCAAUGUCAGAAGUGCCCAGAGGAUCAGUAUCCAAAUGAAAAACAAGAUCACUGCAUUCCCCGAAGCAUCGACUUCUUAUCCUAUGGAGAGCUCUUGGGAGCAGCCUUGGCUUCCUUGGCCCUUUUAUCUUCCUUGGCCACCGUCAUGGUGAUGAGGCUCUUUGUUCUGCACUGGGACACUCCCAUCGUCAAGGCCAACAACAGGAGCAUCACCUGCACCCUCCUGGCCUCUCUGCUGCUCGGCUUCCUUUGCUCUUUCCUUUUUAUUGGCCAGCCUGGGGAGCUGACCUGUCUUCUGCGGCAAACCGUGUUUGGCAUCACCUUCUCCAUCUCUGUUUCAUGUGUGUUGGCCAAAACCAUCACUGUGGUUCUGGUCUUCAUGGCCACCAAGCCAGGAAACAGCAUCAUGAAACAGGCAGGGAAGAGGCUGGCGACAUCGGUAAUAAUUCUGCCUUCCCUCAUUCAAACCGGCAUCUGCACCAUCUGGAUAGCCACCUCUCCCCCGUUCCCAGAGCUGGACAUGCACUCCCAGAUCAGCCAGAUCACAGUGCAGUGCAACGAAGGCUCAGAGGUCAUGUUCUACCUUGUCCUGGCCUACAUGGGCUUUCUGGCCAUCCUCAGCUUCACUGUGGCUUUCUUUGCCCGAAAGUUGCCCGACACUUUCAAUGAAGCCAAGCUGAUCACCUUCAGCAUGCUGCUCUUCUGCACUGUUUGGGUUUCCUUUGUCCCAACCUACUUGAGCACCAAAGGGAAAUACAUGGUGGCCGUGGAGAUCUUCUCCAUCCAGGUCUCUAGUGCUGGCUUGUUGGGUUGCAUCUUCUUCCCCAAAUGCUACAUUAUUUUAGUGAAGCCUCAGCUGAACACCAGGGAGCAGCUUGUUAGGAAGAAGAAUGAGCUCACUUAG